AUGGAUCCCGCUAGAUUUUCGACGCUGGCAUGUAAAUUGGUCACCUACAUAACUCAGUUGUGUAAUCCUAUGGCUCCAUACUUUAUUGUUUUGACUUCUCUCGACCGAUAUUGCAUCAGUUCAUCAAGUGCUCGAAUACGCCAGUUUAGUAGUACUCGUGUAUCUCAAUGGGCAAUCUUGAUUGUCAUUAGUAUCUUUGUAGUACUCUAUACUAACACUCCGAUCAUUGUCGAUCUUCGACCAGAAGAUGGACUCGGAUGUCGAAAUCGAGGUAAUACCUUGUACAAACAAGUCUAUGCUGUUGUUCAAUGUGUUCUAUUUGCUAUCGUUGCACCAAUUCUCAUGAUAAUAUUCGGUCUAUUGACCAUUUAUAAUGCAAAGCAAGUAGGUGAUGGACGAGUAUUCGCAUCUCGAUAUCGUCGUACCGAACGUCAACUAGUUAUUAUGCUACUUGCUCAAGUAGGUUCUCACAUUUUACUUACACUACCUGUGUCGAUCACAUAUUCGAUGUUAGUCCUACCAACAGGAUACAAAGCAACACGUUUCAUCUAUUUUGCAUACUCAGUUUUCAGUCUUUUAUGGCAUUUAUCGUACGUUUCAGCUUUUCCACUCUAUUUCCUUUCUGCUAAAAUUUAUCGACAAGAAUUCGAGCGCUGGAUGAAAAAAAUGUUAAGAUUUCGUGAUGGCAAUCGCACUACACCGAUGGCAAUCGAUUAUUUUGCUAUGCCCUUGGUCAAAAUCACUCAAACAAGAGGCGCAGAAUGUCGUCCAACAGGUAUUGAAAAAGUUUGA